AUCAAAUUUUUCUUUUUGAAGAUUCAGAAUGUCAAUGAUUUGAUUUGAUUUGAUUUGAUUGUGAAAAAUGUAUCGUCAACAUUUCUUCACAACAUUCAUCUCAUCAAUAAUAAGACAAAGAUGUCCAACGCAAAUAAUAUGCCGUCAUUUUGCUAAUAAUCAAUUGGAAAUUUCGUCCAAAUUACAGACAAAGAUUGAAAAUCGAUUGAAAAAUUUAAUUGUCGAAGUAGAUCUUGGCCGCGGACCAGUACGUUCUAAUGAUGAUGUCGUGGAUAACGUUAAUGUCCUCGAAGAAACCAUAGUAAAAGCAUCGAAUAUUGAUCAGAUUCGUGAAUUGAUUCGUUAUAAUUAUCGACAAUUCGAUGCUAAUCAUAUUGCACAAUUAUUCGAAUCAAUUGAUAAUAUCGUUAAAUAUUCUACUGAUCCGGAUACCAUAAGAUUGGAUAUACUUGGUUCGAAAGAAUUUGAAAUUCUCGCUAAUCGUACAUUGAAAAUCGUUCGUCAUUUAGAAGCAUCCGAAGCAUUGAACACGUUGAUCGUUUUGAAUAAUCUUGGUGUAUCAAUCGAUACCGUAUUAAAUCAGGCAUUAAUGCAAAUGGUUCGUGCAUGGAUUAAUGAUUAUUCUAUUGAUGAUCUAUAUCGAUUGGUUCGAUUUCUGAAACAACGUGAAAGCUAUAAAAGUCGACAUAGUUUAAUGCAAGCAUUGCAUCUAGCAUUACCGUAUGCAUUGAAGCAUCGAAUCCAAUAUAAAGAAUUAGAUUUCUUUCAUGCUCGUACAUUGAUGAAAUCAGUAGAAAUGAUUGCCCAUUUUGGUAUCGAUAUUUUUGGUGAUAUAGAUUUGGUGGAAAAAUGUCUACAUUAUCUUUACAAACAAUUGGAUCGUUUAGGUCCACGAGAAUGGCUAAACAUUCUUUCAUUUAUAUACGCAAUGAAUAUUCCUGGUGAUGAAUCAUCAUCACUCAUCUCUAGAACUAUUCGUUUGAUGAUUGAUGGUUGUAUUGUUCGUAUCCGUAAUAGUAGUGAUAAAACAUUUGAAGAAUUGCCAUCACAUUUUUUCCUAAAUGUUUUGAUGAAAAUUGAUCGUUCUACACCGGUGUAUUAUGAUAAACACUUGUUUGAUUUAAUAGCUGAACAGGCAUCUAGUCGCCCGGAAAAAUUUGGCCUUAGAAAUCUGUACCUAUUGUCGUGGAAACUUGGUCAAUUCAAAUACAUCAAUCAUAGGAUGCUUAGGUUUUUCGUUGAACAAAUCGACAAUGGAACCAACUCAGAUUUAUUGUCCAGCAAUUCAUCCAUAUCACUAGUGAAUUUAUUUCAUUUAUUUGCACAAUCUUCAAAUUAUCACGAAGAAGUUCAUUCAGAUUUCACUCAACUUGCCAAUAAAAUUAUUGAAUCAGAUCGAUUUAUCGAGGAAACGGCACGAUCAAAAAUGAAUUAUUUCAAUUUUCUUCGAAGUUGUCUUAUUUUAAAGGCUCAAUUAGAUGAAGAUAUCAUUGUCGAAUGGUUUGGUAGUGAAUAUUUCAACAAAGCAUUGGAUAUCCUACAAAGUCAAUCGAAAAGGGUUAUAUUCCUUAAAACAAUGGCCAUAAUUUAUGAUGGUUUAUUCAUUCAGAAAAUCAUCAAAUUAAAUGAAAAAAAUUGUGAUUACAUCAAACGAAAAUUACAACCAUUCAUUGAUGAAUUUGUCGAUGCCAUACGAAAUGGUAUGGAAUAUCAACCAAGAUCAUUUGAAAAAGAACAGAUCAAAUCGAUUCUCGCGAGACAGUCAUUUUCAGGACAAAAAAUAUCUGAAGAAAUGAUUAAAAUAAAUCAGGUAACACAAACAGGAUCUAUAAUCGAUGUGGAAAUAUGCGGAAAAAAUCAAAAAAUUGCCAUAAUUUUAUUGAACCGUAAAAAUUAUCUACGUAAUCCAUCGAUCAUUGAUGGUGAAACAGAUUUUCAAAUCAAAUCAUUAUAUUGUCAAAAUUAUCGAUCUAUUGUAAUCGAACUAGAAAUGUAUAAACGUUUAACCGAAUUUGAAAGGGAAUUAUUUUUGCGAAAAGAAAUGGAAAAAAAUAUUUAAAAAAUACAACACUAUUUUAACCCAA